AUGACAGGUCGACGCUGUCCUGUGUACUGGUCACUGUUGCUAAGGGUCAGCUGGCUGGGCUCAGUGUGUUGCCAAGACGACUGCAUAGGGCAGGGCCAGUGCUCGUGUCAAUACUCAGACGGGCGGGGAGUGUACUUGAACAGCCUUGGACAUGCGGACGGCACACCCGCGUUUAAGGACAUUCAAGGAGAUGACGGCAGCGUAUACUCAUACAACCCGUGCUAUCCUUUCUCCGAGGGCGGUUGUGCACAAGUCGCGGCUUGCGAGACUAACACUAUCGAUCAGUCGAGUGACAUUGGCGACCAGCAGACGGCGCAGUUUGGUGCGGCAGAUUCCGCACUGAAAGUUGGAUACACGGCGGGUCGCGGACUGCUCACUGCCACAACAGUGCAGCUGACGCUGACAUUGAAUACGGUGUGCGCAUGUCCGGGGGCGUGUAACGAGGCCGGGCCGCUGAAUUCUUGUACAGGAGGAGGAGGGGGGGGAGGAGGAAGGAUUAGUGGCGGAGUGGUGUUUCUCAUCAUAUUUGCUUGCCUGUUGCUCAUCUACAUCAUCGGCGAUGUUUCAUUCAUGAAAUUCGUGCGCAGCGCCGAGGGGAAGGAACUCUUGCCAAACUACGGAUUUUGGUCCAACCUGCCUGGAUACAUAAAGAGUGGAACGCUAUUCGUCAUUAGUCCAUUUAGGAAGAAAUCUGCGUCGUAUAACUCCAAAUAACAGGAUACGGCGAGUGUACGCUUGACCGGCACAGGCUAAUCUGGGGAGACACUUUACGCACAUGCAAAACGCUACGUUUUCACAGAACGGUGCUCAUAUCAACAGAAGGUUCAUCAAGUGUCAUGUCAUCAAGUGUCGUGUAGAAACAUUCAAUGCGUUUUUCGUUAGUUUAAUGCCUGAUAUGUGAUUGUUUGUAUAUAUUGAACAUUGUUUGUUGAUUAUACAUUUAAAUUACC